GUAGCCUUUGUCGCAUCGUUGUCGCCCACUCGCACAACUUUCUUCGGCUUUCGGAUUCUUUCGGCCGAACACACACUCACAGCUGCGUCUCGUCCGUCCGUGUAGGGUGUGUACGUCCGUAACAUUUCGGACCAGACCACAUUGUUGAGCCCGUCCGUCCGGUUUAUUGAGGGCCACCGCACACCACCUGUCGUUGCCAUGGCUGCCGAUGCGCUGACUGAGGAGCGCGAACUCGCUAUUCAUCCCAUUGUGGCGACUAGCGUUCAGCACAACACUCAGGUCGUCUCCAACAUUCGCAGUCUGACCGCAUCGCUCUUCGGCGUCGCCGCUGGCACACUGGGCCUCGAGUCAUACGCCGGCUUCGUCUUCUACCUACUUGCAUCGCUAGUCGUCUCGGCGCUGCUGUUUGCGCUCAAGACGGAGGGGAAGCCCAGCGUCUACUUUUACCGUCCGCUAGUGCUUGAGGCACGCUUAGAACAGGCAAACACCUUGAAGAAGGUUGUCGAUGCCAUCAAGGAUCUCGUCCAAGACUGCAACUUCGACUGCAAUGACAUGGGCAUUGCCCUGCAGGCCAUGGACAACUCCCACGUCGCCCUCGUGUCCAUGAUGCUCAAGUCGGAAGCCUUUUCGCCCUUCCGCUGCGACCGCAACAUUGCCCUCGGUAUCAACCUUGGCUCCCUCACAAAGGUGCUUCGCGCGGCUGGAAACGAAGACAUCCUCACCAUCAAGGCCGAAGACGCCCCCGAUGUCGUCAACCUCGUCUUUGAGACAAAGAGCAGCUCGCGAAUCAGCGAGUACGACAUCAAGCUCAUGGACAUUGACCAGGAGCAUCUGGGUAUCCCCGAGACGGACUACUCGGCCACCAUUACCAUGCCAGCUGUCGAGUUCCAGCGCAUCUGCAGAGAUUUGGGCGCAUUGUCAGAGUCGGUCUCAAUCGAGGUUUCAAAAGACGGCGUCAAGUUUGCCUGCUCGGGCGACAUUGGCUCGGGCUCGGUCAUCCUCAAGCAAAACCCCAGCAUAGACAAGGAAUCCGAGGCUGUCACAAUCGACAUGACGGAGCCUGUUGCGCUUACCUUUUCGCUCAAGUACCUGACCAACUUCUGCAAGGCCAGCGGUCUCUCCGAUUCGGUCAAGCUCUGCCUAUCCAGCGAAGUCCCUCUGCUUGUCGAGUACAGCCUGCAGGACCAAAGCUACCUUCGAUUCUACCUCGCUCCCAAGAUUGGCGACGAGGAAUAAGCGGACCACGAUUUCAUUGACACACGAGCGGCAUGUUUUCAGGAUAGAUGUGGAGAAUCUCUGGUGUAAUGACUUUUGCAUGCGUCGAGCGUCUGUUAGCUUCAUGAUUUUGGCGUGUCACAUUCGCGAGAACGGCCAUUUCUAAUUGGUCUUCUGCGCCUCGGUCACAAAGGAAGGUUAAGUACCGCCCCACCAUUGGAUGUGCGUCAUAUCCCGCGGAAUUUCAGAUAGGGAAAUCAACAGUACAUCAACAACA